AUGGCACCGACCCCAACGGCCAUCAGUGGCCUCCUGCGACAGGCGAUCCACUACCAUCUCGACAACUCCUCGUACGAAAACGCCCUCUUCUUUGCCGAGCGGCUGACCGCCCAGGACCCCAAGUCCAGCGAACCCCCUUACCUGUAUGCGCUAUGCCACCUGCGCCUCGGCGAUUAUCGAUCGGCCUACGAUGUCAGUAAACCCAUGGGCUAUCGUGGCGUCCAUCUGGGAUGCGCGUGGGUGUUUGCGCAGGCCUGCAUGGCCUUGGAGCGGUACAAGGACGGCAUCACGGCUUUAGAAAAGUCGCGAGGACUGUGGUCAUCCAAGACAAACAUGGGCAAGCAUAGCGCAACCUCUCGUGCCGGUCUGCCCGAUGCAUCUGCUGUGUUGUGCCUGCUGGGGAAGCUGCAAAGAGUCUACGACGACAAGAAGAAGGCUAUUAGCUGUUUCGAAGAGGCCUUGAAGCUGAACCCGCUCAUGUGGGAUGCGUUCACGGCACUUUGUGACAUGGGCGUCGCCGUCCGAGUGCCCAACAUCUUCAAGGUCGGCGACUCACUCUUGCAGAGCUUUGACCUGGACUCUAGUUUAGUCUCCGAGUCGAGAGAAGGCUCAUCAUCGAACUCCCUAGACGCUCCCCUGAAGAGGUCGCAGCGACAGGCCGUUACGGACUUGGGAAACGACCCCUUUAACAUGAAUGUCUCUCCCACUAUCCACGAGUUGACAAAUGGCGACACAUUUACCGAAAAUGGAGAGAGCGAGUUUAUGACGAAAAUUCAAGCAGCUAGGUUACGGCUUGCAGCUUCGACGAACAGCCUCCCUGGCUCGGAUGGCAUGGAGACUCCUCCUGGACCAUCAACAGAUGUGCCGACAACUCGUGCUGCAAAUCCAAACGAACCUCCCCAUGCGCCGCCUCGCAGAGUACGGAACGCUCAAGUCCUGGACCAAGGCCAGGAGGCACCGCCGCGGAUGAACUAUCGGCUAGGAUCGAAGCGAUCGACCAGGGCCCAAGAGAAGGGACACGACCAGGGGUCAGAUCCCAUGAUGACGGAUCCUCCAAAUCCUUCCGUGGGUACUCUGCGUUCGGCCAUUCCCCCAGUGGAACGGAAACGCACAGUAUCAGGACACCCAGUGCCGCGCUCAGUCAACUCCGAAGAACCUGGGACCAGACGGAGUGCAAGGCUUAACAUGUUCAGGCCAUCUACAAAGGCCAAUUCAGGGGCCGCAGCCGUUGGAGUCUCGGCAGGGCGAGAAUUAAAGAAGGCUAGGCCCCAAAUCUCUCGACUGGUCCGACCCGGCUCUAGUGGAUCCAACGUUGGACGUGUUGUCAGUGGAAACCGUAAGCCGUUGGAAGAAGCUCACGCCGACGUGGACCAUGGGGAGACGUCGAGGGUCAAGGAACUCCCCCCUCAGCCUGUCGUGCCGAGGACGGCAGAGUUAGACACUGCUAAGCUGGAGGAGGCUUUGAAGUGGAUUCUCGACCUUACGAAGAAGCUCGCGAACGGAUAUUACUCCUUCUCACAGUUUCAAUGUCAGGAAAGCCUGCAAACCUUCAUGUCGCUCCCUCUGGCUCAUCAAAAUACCCCGUGGGUGUUGGCACAAAUGGGCCGAGCACACUAUGAACAAGCAUCGUAUGCGGAAGCGGAAAAGUUCUUUAGAAAGAUGCGGGUGCAAGCCCCGUCCCGCCUGGAAGACAUGGAGGUGUACUCGACGAUUCUGUGGCAUCUAAAACGGGAGACCGACCUUUCGUUCCUGGCACACGAGCUUGUUGACUCUGCUUGGCACUCUCCACAAGCCUGGUGCGCCCUGGGCAAUGCUUGGUCGUUGGCCCGCGAUCACGAGCAAGCCCUACGAUGCUUCAAGAGGGCGACACAGCUGGACCCCAAGUUUGCCUACGCAUUCACCUUACAAGGACACGAGCAUUUCACCAAUGAAGAAUAUGAAAAGGCUCUCACCGCGUAUCGACAAGCGAUAUCAGCUGAUAGACGCCACUACAAUGCCUACUAUGGCAUUGGAAGGGUCCAAGAGCGCCUGGGCGCCUAUGACAAGGCGUACACGCACUUCCAUGCUGCUCAGAGCAUCAACCCCAACAACACCGUGCUGAUCUGUUGCAUCGGAACGGUCCUGGAGCAACAGAAGCAAAUCAUGCCAGCGCUGCAGGCCUUCAGCAAAGCCGUUGAGCUAGCGCCGCGGUCCCGCGAAGCGCGGUACAAAAAGGCUCGGGCCCUGCUUGCCGUGGGUCAAUUAGAAGCCGCACAAAAGGAGUUGAUAGUCUUGAGGGACUUGGCACCUGACGAGGUGACAGUACACUUCCUGCUCGGCAAAUUGUAUAGGAGCAUGGGCGAGAAGCAGCUUUCAGUGCGGCACUUUACCAUCGCUCUUGCUCUAGAUCCAAAGGCGAGCCAGCUGAUCAAGGAGGCGAUUGAGAGUUUUGAAGAUGAUGUGGCGAUGGAUGACGGUAUGAUAUCAUGA